GUCGGCGCCACGGGCAUCGUGCGGAGAUCUGGUUCAUCCUUCACGUGCCCGGAGUGGGCGUGCUGCAGGCCCCGCAGCAUCCCGACACCGCAGUCUUCAACACCGACGGGAAAACCUUCUCCGCCGCAGGGCUGACCUUUGAACCAGUGGAGGCCAUGAGAACAUGGAAAGUACAGUUCAACGGACUGAUGAGACUGACAGAGUCACCACGUACCGAUGUCACAAAGGAGGAGGGUCGUUUGGUCCAUGUCAAGUUCUCCUUCAUGUGGUCUGCCUACACCCUGCCCUUCAACUUUGACACUGACAUUCAUCCUCGAGCCAUCGCCCGUGCCAUGGCCAUCGAGAAGUGGAACAAGCAGUUCUUCCAGGACUUAAGAAGUUCUCAUCAGACUCACUACAACCAGUGGGGACAGCUCUGGGGAGGUCUGCACAUAGAGGGACAUGAGGAGAGGCACGUCAGGCUCAAGGGUUACAGGGACCACUCAUUUGGUGUGAGAGACUGGGGCUUCAUGUAUCGCUACAUAGUUCAUUUUGCUUACUUAGAGGAUGGCUCCUGCCUUCAAGUAGCUACAGUUUGUUUUCCAACAACCAUGUCAGAUCUGAGGACAGGCUAUGUCUUCACCCCUAAUGGGAAAAUGCAGGCAGUGUCAGAUGUGGACUUGGUGUUGUCAAGUAUUGGGGAGGAUGGAAACAUGCCUCACAACUACUCCUUCAGCUUUGUGGCAGGAGGUAAGAAGUACGAUGUGCAUGUGGAAAUAUACUGUCAAUCUACCUGGUACAAUGGGCUUCAGUGGGAAUCUCGUGUACACGAACGGCUGGCUAACUUCACUGUGAAUGGCCUGAGUGGUUGGGGAGUUUGUGAGUUUAAUUACAAGAACACUACUGGCUGUCCACUGCCGCCCCGUGAGUCCAGACCCCAGCAGCCCCUGCCGGACAUCACCAGUACACACAGGAAGCUGCUGGUUCUGUCCCUGUCCAGUCCAGUCUGCCGCUGUACGGAACUGGUCGGAGGGAAAGGGGGCAGUCUUGCCACACUGACUGCUCUGCAGAGCAAAGGCACAAUGUUUAAGGUUCCCUCUGGGUUCUGUGUUACCAUGGCAGCCAUGGAAUUGCAGCUGAAGAGUCAUCCAACAUUGAAAUCAAAGCUAGAAGAACUGAAGCAGAUCUCUUGUACCGGCCAGGUAGAGGCACUGCAGGAAAUUUGCCAGAGUGUUGGGGAAAUGUUCACAUCUGUUGCUCUGGCACCAGAAGUGAGAGAAGCCAUCCAAGCUGAACUGGGUAACCCGAGUGACAGCCAGUUUGCUGUUCGUUCAUCUGCUAUUGGUGAAGACACAGAAGAGAUGUCAGCAGCAGGACAGAUGAUAACAGAGCUGGGUGUCCGAGGGCUGGAUCAGAUUUGUGACUCAGUCCAGAAGUGUUGGGCCUCACUCUAUGGGUUUCCUGCUGUCCAGUACAGAAGACAACAUGGCCAGCCUAUUGGGUCGUCCAUGGCUGUGGUGGUACAGGAGAUGGUCCCAGCAGAAGUAGCAGGUGUCCUUUUCACCCAGCACCCUGUAACUGGACAUCCAGGCAAGAUGGUUAUCAAUGCCAACUACGGACUGGGAGAGUCUGUAGUGAGUGGUGAGUCCCAUCCUGACACCAUCACCCUGUCCCGCAGUGUGGACGGCUCAUGUCAGGUGGAAGGUGUAGAUCUAGGCAGCAAGACUCAACAGGUGGUUCCCCUAGAUGAAGGGGGGACAGAAGUGCAAGAAGUGACUUCAGCUCAGUCUGAGAAGUGCUGUCUAAGUAAUAACACAGCUGUCCAGCUCGGUCACAUUGCUGUACAGGUGGAAGAAGCCUAUGAUGGACCACAAGAUAUAGAAUGGGCAUUGAGCCAAGACACAGUGUAUCUAUUACAGGCUCGACCUAUCACCACAUUUGGCAUAGAGUCAGAGUGGGAACUGAUGCAUGAGUUUGACGCACCACUUUCAUCAGAGAAAGAAAUCAGCACCACUAGUAAUAUUGCAGAAAUGAUGCCAGGAGCAGUGACGCCCUUGACAGCAUCAACCUUUUCCCGUGCAAUAGAAUAUGGAUUGCAGAACAUAGCAGCCUCAGUAGGUGUGAGAACCCGCCAACCUUACUUCAAGAAGAUGGGGCUGUGUUUAGGGCACAUGUUCAUCAACAUGCAUAAUGUUGCUGAGAUCUAUGAGCAACAUGUGUCACUAGCAGACAAGAGAGUAGCUGAGAUGUCAUUAGUAGGAAGGUGCCUAGAAGAGCUCACAAUGGAUGACAUCAUUGAAUACCAUGGAAAAUCUUCUGUAUGGAGACGUAUUGUUCAUUCCUUCAAUUUUGUCAAGCAUCUGUACACAUCAAAACACAAGAUCCAGCAGUUGGAGCAAACUCUGACUACUUACAGCAUCCAUCGUCAUGACAAUGCCAUGGCGAUGUACCAAGAGAUCAACGAGAGGUUACCUGAAUGCUACCAGGCCUGGGCAGACCACAUGAGCUAUGGUGCUCGGUCAGCAGCCUGGAGCACAGUCCUGAUGAUGGUCCUGUCACAGGGAGGCAGAGAGUGGACAAUACAGCAUUUCUCUGACAUGGCUCAUUUCUACGUCAACUGUGAACAAGUGACCAGCGCAGAUGUGCCUGAUGCACUGGAGAAACUAGCAGUGAAGCUGAUAGAGGAGGGCCACAAGGAUAGACUGAUCUCCAUGUCUCCUCAGGAAGCUACAGCCUGGCUGCUGGGUGAUGACAGCGGUUCUUCUGGGCAGCUGUUCCAAACAUUCCUGGAGCUGCAUGGACACAGGUGUCUCAGGGAGGCAGAACUAAGAGAAAUGUCUUGGAGAGCAGACCCAGCCAAGGUGGUUCUAACCAUUCAGUCUAUGCUCAGGAAUAACCAGAUAGCCAGUAAAAAGGAGCCAUUCAACUUUGAUGAGGCAGUCAAGAAGAUCAAAUCACCAAUAACCAUGGCUGGCAGGUACAUCUUGAAGUGGACUCUCCCCUACGCACGACAAGGUGUGAUGGAGAGGGAGCAGAGCAAGUCAGCCGCAGUCAAAAUGGCCGACCAUUUCAAACAAGCCUACUGGUACCUGGCUUCACUAAUGGUUGCAGAGGGUCGUCUUCCUGAGGAGGACUUACUGUUCUUCCUGACACACCAGGAGAUCGGCACUCUUCUGCACAGUCGAUCUGCUGUGUUAGUGGCCAAAGCACUGCGAAGACGUCGCAUCCUGCCCAAGCAGAUGUCGCUCAAGUUCCCUGAGAUCUGCCACGGCCAUCCUGAACCUAUUGAGGUUGGUGCGUUGCCUGUGAGUGGGUCAGACCUGGUGCUGAAGGGCAUGCCGGUCAGCCACGGCACGGUGACCGCUCCGGCCAGGGUGGUGACCAGACUGGAGGAUGCAGGGACUAUCCAGGCAGGAGAGAUUUUGAUAGUCCAGAGCACAGACAUAGGCUGGAGUCCAUACUUCCCCUUACUGAGUGGGCUGGUCACUGAGCUGGGAGGGCUGAUUUCACAUGGUGCAGUGGUCGCCCGUGAGUACGGCCUCCCCUGUGUGGUGAGUGUGAAGCAUGCCACGGCGAUGUUCCAGACUGGAGACCUGGUGCUGCUGAAUGGCACCGAGGGAUCUGUCAGAAAACUCAACCCUAACAACCAAUAACUCAGAAAACUUAACCCUAGCAACCAAUAAAUCAGUCUGAACACUCAACCCUAAUAACCAAUAACUCAGCCAGAAAACUCAACCCUAACAACCAAUAACUCAGCCAGAAAACUCAACC